GGCUCGCCAACCACCAUGGACCCUCAGCAAACAGGUAGCAAGAAGCGUAAAGCCUCCAAGGAGGGCGCGGGGAGCUCUUCGUCGCCAGGCCCCUCCAAGGCGAUGGCGGCAGCCGAAGCAGGCCAAACCGAGGCGUCGCUGCUGCUGGUCAAGAGGCCACGGCGGCCCGUGGCUCGCCAUUCCUUGGUGCACUACCUGAAGGGCCGGGCGCUGGGCUACGAGGGCCACCCGCGGCUGGCGGGCUUCGAGGGCAACCUGCACAGCUACAGGGCCCUCAGGCUGCCGGAGCUGCUGAGGGAGCGCCAGCUGACACUUGGCCCCCUCAACAAGGUGUUCGCAUCGCAGUGGCUAAAUGCCAGGCAGGUGGUGUGUGGCACCAAGUGCAACACGCUUUUUGUGGUCGAUGUCAAGACUGACCACAUCAUGCACAUCCCUCUGAUGCGUGACAGGGUGCUUGACCUCUCUCGUGGCUCGCCCUCCUGUGGCAUUCAUGCUGUGGAGCUGAAUCCCUCCAAGACCCUCAUGGCCACUGGAGGAGAAAACCCCAACAGCCUGGCCAUCUACCAGCUGCCCACGCUGGACCCUGUGUGCCUAGGAGAUUGCCAAGGCCACAGGGACUGGAUCUUCGCCAUCGCAUGGAUGAGUGACACUGUGGCUGUGAGUGGUUCCCGCGACGGCACCGUGGCACUCUGGCGGGUGGAUCCCGACACGUUCAAUGGCAGCAUUGCUGGGCAUGAGGAUGCGGGCCUUCCAGCGUAUGCUCACAUCCGUCCUACAGAUAUAGAGGCCUUCCCUAAACCCACUACCAAUCCUGGUAACCGCAAAGUUCGAGCCCUUGCAUACAGCAACAAAAACCAGGAGCUGGGAGCCGUGUCUCUGGAUGGCUACUUCCAACUGUGGAAAGCCCGAAGCUCCCUGUCCAGCCUGCUGUCCCUAAGGCUGCCCUACUGCAGGGAGAACGUGUGUCUCACCUACUGUGACGAGUUGUCCCUCUAUGCUGUUGGAUCCCAGUCUCACGUUUCAUUCCUGGAUCUUCGCCAAGGCCAGCCGAACGUCUGGUCAAUCUGCUCCCGAGAGGGAGGUACUGGUGUGCGUUCCCUGAGUGUCCACCAGCAUAUUGUCACCGUGGGAACAGGCCACGGUUCUCUGCUCUUCUGUGACAUCCGUGCCCAGAAGUUCCUCGAGGAAAGAUCUGCAGCCAGUCCAGACAUGUUUCCUGUGCCCUCUGGAAGGAAGCUCAAGCUCACCUGUGGCAGCGGCUGGAUCAACCAGAAUGAUUUCUUAGAGAAUUACACUGGUGGUGUAGAUUUCCCCAAUUCACUCUACACUCACUGCUACAACUGGCCAGAGAUGAAGCUCUUCGUGGGUGGGGGCCCAAUGGCCUCAGAACUCCAUGGCAACUAUGCAGGUCUCUGGAGCUAA